AUUCAUUUGGUGCACGCAGUGAAGAUGAUAUUCUUGGUCUGUGUUGCUUUCUUAUUACUGAACUGUUUGUUAAGCUGUUUUGCUACCAGUGGUUCCACCUUGAAUGCACUAGCUGAUGUCAAUUCAACGCUAAUAGAAUACAGGAAAGCAUACAAUGAAAGCCAAGCAAUACAAUGUAGGCAAUAUGAUGUUUUUCAAAAACGGGCUGAUCACAAUGAUACAUUCAAUGUUGAACUGCUGUUAAGAGAAAGCCAUAGACUGGAUCAUUUAUAUCAACUGAAAUGGAUUAAUGAACUAAUAUCUUCACCUGUUUUCCAGGCGAACGAGGUGAUUGACGAAAACACUAAGAGACGAUAUGCAAAUGAUUACGAAAUGGAGAAACGCCUGAAUGAAUCUUCUCCUCUGGACAUAGAAAGUAAUAUGCUUAUUGAGAAAGUUGAAAAGAAAUGGAAAGCCAGAGCAAGAUUGGAUGCUGCUGAAGAUGCUCACCUGUCUAGAUCAUCGGCUACGUGUUUGAAGAAGGAAGUCAAUAUAACAGUGAAAGUGAAAUUGAUGACGGGGGAGAAACAAAUUCGAGAACUGAAAAAGGCUGCCGAUAAGAGGCUUUAUGAAACGGCUAAAGCAUUCGAGCAAUUCAUGUUGAAUGAUGAUGAUACACGUAAGCAGCAUAUAAUGAGUAUGUGUGAAAACAAUGUUUUGACUCAUGAUGCUUACUUCGACCUGUUUGAUGGAUUAUCAUAGUUAGUGAGCAUUCGACUGCAAUGAGCAGCCCUCGAUGAUAGAUUCUAUGGAUCACAGAUAAUCGACGACAUCAUCGGUGUCAUCAAAUGCAUACUUCAGCUUGCGAGACAUUACAAUUCGCACAUCAUUCGACAGCAGACGAAUGAUUGCAUGAUAAAAGUGUGCAUGCCCC